GGGAUUGUCCAAAUAUUUUUCUUGGAAAUAGAAAUCAACAUUAUAUCAUAGUGAUGAAUGGGUAGUCAAUAUGAUUACAAAGCAAAAACGGUUGCCGCGCAGGCACACAACUAAAGAGAAAGUUAACUUUUUAAAGACUUUCCUCUAAAAAGUAUCUUUAUUCAGCACAAAGAAUGUUUCACCUACAGGACCUCUGAUCAUGACAGCGAGUAUAAUCAGUCAUAUUGAAGAAGAACUACUUACUGAACUACAUACUGCCUGGCGGUGAGCGGAAUUUAAUCCGUUGUCGUCAGAACUAGGAGCCACAUUUGAACAAGAAUCAUUCCAGAAGUUGUUUUGACGUCAAAAAAAGAUGUUACGCAAUUGUGAAUGUUUUAAUCCUGGACUUGGUAUAUUUCCAGUCUUGUUUUCAACUCUUACUGGUUUGACUUUUAUAAUAACCUACAUUAUCUCAGUUAGCAAUGAUGAUGUUUAUCCGUAUUUCCCAACAAUCAGUGACACUGGUGGUAGGAAACCGGAGAGCAAUGUAUUUGGACUGUUUCUCAGUAUAAGCAGUUUUCUUGGAUUUGUUGUAGUCCUUAUUCGCCUGGUGCAGUACCGUCAUAUAUGUGAAAACAAUCAAGAGGACCCUUCAAAGUUAUUGUUGAUCAAUAAAGUCGGUUGUGCUGUUGGUGCAAUGGCUUGUUUCGGUGCUACACUUGUUGCAAAUUAUCAGGAUAUUGGCUCGUCUGCUAAAGGGCAUGCGGUUGGAGCACUGGCUGUAUUUGGUGGUGGUGCUAUCUAUUGCUGGUUUCAAUCCUAUCUUUCUGCAAGGAUGUUACAAUGUGGUAUGAAUACACGAAGAUUGUGUUUGCUUCGAAUCAUUUUGACAGUGAUGGCAACAGUAUUUUUCGUUGCGUUUUUAAUUCUCUUCUAUUUCUCUACUAUAAAGUGGAAUGAUGGACACAACCCGAACCAUAACUAUGCAACAUGGAGAUCAGGAGAUGGUGGAUAUACAUUGCAUGUCAUCGCUUCUGUAUGUGAGUGGCUCUGUGCUGUUUCAUUGCUGUUGUUUUUCAUAUCGUUCACUAGAGAGUUUAACAGAAUUAGGAUUCGAAUUACAGUAGAACACCAUGAUGCAAGCUUUGUGCCAUUUCAAACAAGUACAGAAGAAGAAAGACAACCUGCAUACUCUUAAUUUGAAACAGAAACCAAAUAGUUGUACACGUGCAAAAGAAUUUCUUAACGUGUAUGGCAUGUUUGUUUAUGACAUAUAUAGUACACGUGUUGUAUUAUUCUCACUAAAUAUUUUCACGAAAAGAAUAUUUUUUUAGGAUCUGCUGUAUUUUUUAAUUAUUAUGAUUAUUCUACUUGCGUUUUUAAGAUCUAAGUAUAGACUAUUUUUGGUCUUUAUUUCUAGUUUAUCUGUGUGGGCGAUAAGCCCUGUAGAUUUUUUGUUUAAUAUUUUUUCGCUAAUGCCUGAUGAACGUUUUUGCGAAAGACCAAAAUUUGCGAAACAUAAAACUUCAAAGCAUACAAAAGCUCAAAUGGUUUGUUCACGUGUAAGGAAUUUCUAUGUCAUGUGACGAAUUAUCACAUGCUUAUAAGUAGAGAGCAUGGGGGAUUUCUUGUGACUGUUCUUGUGGUUGUUUUUAUUAUUCUAUAAAAAUAUUUUAACGAAUUCAGAUUUUUUUAGAAAUUUUUAACUAAUACACAUUUUCUGUUUUAAAAAAUAUUAGAAUUGCAAUAUAUUUUAAAUCGGUACAUAGAUACGAUAUAAGAAAUGGCUGUUUUGGUGGCACUAUUGUUACAGUCAAAGCCUUCUCAAUUUGAUAUUUUUCUGUGUAAAUCUAAAAGUUUUACAUGAGAAUUUCAAAUAUAACAUUCAUUUGCAUAGUUUAGAAAAAGCUGUGGUGCACCGAAUAAAAUUAAUUCGAAAAAGUGUAUAUCUGUUGACGUUUUUAGAAUCAAUAAAAUUACAAUUUUUUAUUAUGAAUAAUAGUAUUUUAAAAAAUUA